GCACGAGCACUAGGGGGCGGGGCUGGCUAGAGAGCGCACCAAGAAAAGAGAGCGGGCUAGGCCCGAGGCAGCUGGGCUCGUCAGUGCGCACGAGGAGCGGUAGUCUUGGAACGAAGCAUAGCUGCGGAAGAGUGGGGCUCAGGACUUCAGCUGAGCCCGCCAAGAAAGGAAGAUGGGAAGAUGAGACUACUGAAGAGACAGACGUAUGCGUCUCGUGCGUGCGCUAGAGAAGGGGCGGGGACUAGGCGGAACCGGAGGCGAAAGAGGGGUCCAGAAGACUGUUACAGUUUUGGAGAAGCCCCCAGUACCCAGGAGGAGCCUGGAGCCAUGGGCCCGGACGGGAGCCUCUAUGACUGUGACAACCCCCAAAUCUGGAAGGCCGUGCUGGGCUGCUACAAAGAGGCGGUCAGAGCCAAAGAGGGCAAGUCCCGGAAACUUGUUGCUUUGGAUGCAUGGUAUCAGGAGGAGCUGCCAGAAUCUAUAAGAGAGAGAAAAGAGAAAUACUUAACUCGAGAUGAAUUGGUGAAGCUGAUGGACUGGAAGCUGACGAGGGGCCAGUUCAGACCACGACUGCAGAAGUUGGUGGCCACUAAUCCGGAGGAGCUGGUAAAGCAGUGCACCGCUGCAGCGUUCUCUCUGCUGCCCAACGUGGAAGCUGCCAUCACAGAGCUGAACCAGCUUAAGGCCGUGGGACCUGCCACUGCCUCUGCAAUCCUGACAGCAGGUGCCCCAGAGACCACAGCAUUCAUGGCAGAUGAGGCCAUGGCUGCUGUCCCUGACCUCCCAGUGCUACAAUACACUAUCAAACAUUAUAUCCUCUACCUGGACAAGAUCCGGGCCUGUGCUAGGAGACUGAACCAAGUUGAUGCUUCAUCAGAGUGGACUCCUCACCAAGUAGAGAUGUGCCUCUGGACCUGGACUGUGGCCCAAAGACUGUGUCCCACAGUCCUGCCCCACAUUUCUUGGAAAGCCCCCAAAGUCAGGGAAGGUGCUGAAGAUGUCAGACCCUCCAAGAAACGAAAGGCUAGUAUUCACUGAUCCUGGACAUCUAUAUGCUGCACCCACAGAGAAAUGCCUCAAGCCACAGUCUGAAGCCAGACAUCCUCUACUCCUACCUAUGGGGCUCAGGGCAGAGUUGCCACCGACACCCAUUAAAGUGCCUACUGUCCUGA